AACCCAAGUCAAAAAUCAAAGUCCAAACCAAAAUCCUCUCCCAAUCUCCGCUUCACUCUUCUCAUGGACGCUCUCAUUGCUCAGCUUCAGAGACAAUUUCGUGAUUACACCAUUUCUCUCUACCAACAGGGCUUUUUGGAUGAUCAAUUUACUGAGUUGAAAAAGCUUCAAGAUGAUGGAAGUCCUGAUUUUGUUGCUGAAGUGCUCACUCUUUUCUUUGAAGAUUGUGUGAAACUUAUCAGUAACAUGGCUAGAGCUUUGGACAAGACGACGGGAACUGUAGAUUUUAGUCAGGUAGGUGCUAGUGUGCAUCAAUUGAAGGGUAGUAGCUCAAGUGUUGGUGCUAAGAGGGUCAAAGCGUUGUGUGUUAGCUUCAAGGAAUAUUGUGAAGCUAAGAACUACGAAGGGUGUGUGAGAUGUCUGCAGCAAGUGGAUAUCGAGUACAAGGCGUUAAAGACAAAGCUUCAAGAUAUGUUCAAUCUUGAGAAACAAAUCAUUCAAGCUGGUGGUAGAGUUCCUCAAGUGGAUAUUAACUAAGGAGACUAGUCCAGAAGAAAAAAGAUGAUGACUUUCUUUAGUUUCUCUUUUAAAUUAUUUUGGAAUUUGGUGUUUGUUCAGAAACUCAAUAAAAUAUGUGCAAAAAGAAACAAGUUAUUGUUGUUUAUUAGUGUGUAUUGUUCUUUGAUCUAAUGUGAUGAUAAUAUAUUGGUUUGCUUCUU